GCCCAGUAUGUAUUGUGCUCAUGUGUAUGCGCGCGCGCGUGUGUGUGUGUGGUGGGAAGGACUUUGAGCAGUGAUGAAGAGAUGAGUGUCAGUUGUCUGUAGUGAAUCAGCGUGGAAAGAUGAAGCUUCUACUCAGCAGUCUGCUACUCGCCUCCCUCUGUGCCCUCUCAUCUUGGAGUGCUUCAUCAGUCAAAUUUCUUGUGACCCAGAGUUCUGAUGUCUCUGUCAGGGAGGGCGAGACAGUAAACAUCGCCUGCUGCUUGACAGGGGAAUUUCAAAGAGCAACAGUUACGUGGCUGAAAAAUCAAACAAGUAUGGGUCAUGGGAUUUUGAUGAAAAAGCCUGAAAGCUCUCUGCAAAAGAACACAUCUGAUUGUUCAAACAAGACCUUUAUCAAUAUAACAAGAGAGGAUUCAGAGAGAUACACCUGCAAGGUGAAUAUAGAGAUACCAUUUCACCUCGAGGUUAAAGGAAAUGGUACUGUCAUCACAGUUACAUCCAGGGUGAAUGCAACGGAUGACACAGUAGAAGAAGGACCUCCAAACAGUUCUCUGACACUCUACAUAAUCAUCUGCCUGGCUGUGGUGACACCAUCGCUCCUCCUUGCUCUUGCCUGUUUCUACAAUCUGCGAAAGAAACGAGCAACAGCAGCCAGGGUGAUCUACGAGGUUCCACAUAUUGACUCUGAGGAGGCAGACAUGGACAAACACAGCACCAGUUCCUCCAGAGGCUCUUCUCAGUGGUGCCAAGUAGCAGUGUAUGAAUCCUUUGAUUACUUCGAACGUGUGCAGACCAAGGAAAGUGGGUGAGGAUCUACUCAACGGACUCUUCCAGCAUUUUCUCAGCCUGUUUGACAGCAUGUAUAUCUUGUAUAUCAAUUUACUUACCUUUACUUAAUUGUGUAAAUGACUUUGUAUGACUGUAAAUAUUUUAUAAUUUUCUAUAAAUUGUGUCUUAUCUGUC